AUGACUACUGAACGAAGACCUGCUUCUACUCAUAACUUUGUUUCUGAAGCUACCCUUCCUUCUCAAGUAUAUAAAGCAACUUACUCAGGUGUUCCUGUCUGGGAGUUUCGAGUGAAAGGUGUGGCUGUAAUGCGUCGAAAAAAUGAUGAUUGGCUUAAUGCAACUCAGAUUUUAAAAGUUGCCAAUUUUGAUAAGCCACAUAGGACAAGAAUAUUGGAACGUGAUGUACAGAGAGGUGAACAUGAGAAAGUACAAGGAGGAUAUGGAAAAUAUCAAGGAGUAGAUUUAGCCCAACGUUAUAAAGUUAGAGAAUUGUUACGACCACUAAUAGAUUUCAGUCCUUCGUCGGAAAGUCCACCGCUCGCACCAAAACAUGUUACUGCUGCGUCCGCUAGACCCAAGAAAGCACGCGAACCCAAACAACAAAAAGCUAAAUCCAUUAAAACUCGUUCUUCAAAGAAAGGAAAAGGAAAGACAAACGAGCUUGUUGAAGAAUUAAUAUUGUUUGAUACAGACUUGCAAAGUAACAACAAUGAAACUGUUAGCAUUGCAUCAUCAAAUAACAUUACAGCAUCACCCACCAUAUCACCAAUCAUGUAUGACACAACAGAGUUUGAUGAACAUUAUAAUAGUCCAACAAAUCCGAGGAAAAGAACCAGCUCGCUUGAUAACAACACUCGUCAAGCCAAAAUGUCCAAGCUGUCAAUGGCAGAAUCUGUUUUAGCAACAUCCUCUUCACCCUCCUUUUCUACUCCAAUGUCUGCUGCUAAUCAAUUUAUUGAGGUGUUAUUGGCAUAUUUCACUUCAAAUUCAAAUUUAAUUCCAAGUUUUGUUAUAAGCCCACCACCUGACUUUGAUGCUAAUUUAGUAAUCGAUGCGCAAGGCCACACUUCGCUUCAUUGGGCUGCUGCUAUGGCUAAUAUUGACAUGGUAGCUUUGCUAAUUAAAGCAGGUGCUGAUACUGAAUGUGUUAAUAUUAUUGGUGAGACUGCACUCAUGAGAAGUGUCAUGUUUCCGUAUAAUUAUCAAAACGGAAGCUUCAAUGAUAUUGCACAACUUUUGGCAAGUAGCAUUGGUAAUAUUGAUUCUUGCGAUCAGACGGUAUUUCAUCAUAUAGCACUUUUUGCAAAUAAUGAUGAUAUGCAAGAAGGACCUGCAAAGUAUUAUUUAAAAACUUUAAUUUCACAUCUGAACCAAAGCCCUAAUGAACGGUACCGAAAAAGUAUUUUAAAUAGACAGAAUACCGAUGGAGACACAGCUAUCAACAUUUUAGCAAAAGCAAAAAACAGAGAGUUUGUUAAAUUACUUUUCUGUGCGGGCGGGGAUCUUUAUAUUUGUAAUAAAGAGAACAAAAAUGCUGAACAUUAUUUCUGUGAAAUUGAUACUAAUUACUCACCAACGAUAACAUAUCAACAUAAUUCCUAUUCUCGUCAACAAACACCAAUCAAUCUACAAAGUUCAUCGUCAUCAAAUAUCUCCAAUGGCACUUCUUUUGGACAUGUAAUCGAAUCACCAUUAAUUACUGCAAACAAUAAGGUUUAUGCUGUUGCACCCACAAUAGAUUCUUUUGUUUCUAUUGGUAAAAAAAUUUUAGAAGAUUAUUGUUCUCCUUAUAUCAGUGAGCUCGAGAGUAAAGAUAAUGAGCUUUUUUUAUGCAAUAAUAAAUUAAAAUCAAUUGAAGACGAAAUCAAGUCUGCCAAUCUUAAAGUUAAAGAAAUGAAAGAAAUCAAUAAAAAAUUACCAGAAAAAAAAGAACGUGUGCAAGGAUUGAUUAAGCUUAUAAAAGAAAAGAUCGAAAAACGUAAUCAACAAAGACUGGAUAGCUUGUUAACCGAAGAAUUAAACAAGACUUCAUCGUCACCAAAAAAUAAUGUUGAAAUAAAUGAAAGCAAUUAG